AUGUCGACGACGACAACGGAACGCGAUCUGCUGCGAAACGUGAAUGAGAAAAUCGAAUUAAUUGAGCCCAGCACGGGAAAAUUGUUUUUCGAGCACAAAACGGAGCUGGUGUUUGUCAAGCCGCGCCUGAUGCCACUCAAGUCGCAGGCAUUGCAGAGUCUGGAGGAAAUGCAUCGCGAGACUGCGCGUCAGCUGCAACAGAAACGCACAAAGCGCAACAACAACAACAACAAUAAUAAUUCUAACAACAACAAGAUUUGA